GCCCGAUUUUGUGGAAUUGGUACGCCUUGCUGACCUGUCACUUCACUAAUUUACAAACAAAAACGGCCGAUAUGUAAACUUUAACUUUGACAUGCCUUGACACGAGCCGGUGACUUUGACGAAUUCGGAUGAGAGAUGUUAUUAAGGGGAGACAUAUAUAGAAGACCACUCUUGUCUCAGUUACGUCGCCAGUACUGGCGAGUACGAUGAUGCGUUGUUUACAUUGCUCUACGUUUAGGUUAUGUUUACUUGGAGUUGAACAUGAGAAUUUUCAUUUGAGGUACUUGGAACUCUUUUUUUUUUUCAAGUAAUCUUUAUCGCUAGAUAAUAUAUUUUUGCUCACAAUGACACGUGUAUGCGUCUCCUGCAAGCACCAUAUGAGCAAGGACGUCUCGCUCUUCGGGUUUCCGAGAGCGGACGAAUUGCUGGAGAGAUGGUUGCACGUCCUCGGCACAGAGAGGAAAAUCACCGGAUCGUCGCGAAUAUGUUCGCGUCAUUUCAAGGAAGACGACUUCAGAUACAGUUUAGUCGGAGGCAAGCGCUAUUUGAAGCCACAGGCGAUACCGUCUCUAUAUCUGCACGGAGAGAUUAAGGAUGAGGUCGUCUCGGAUGAUCAAGAUGCAAUCGUUAAGGAAAACCAGCCAACAAAUACUGUGAUAGAGUAUACUGUAAAAGAACCUAAGAAUGAAGAUUUAGAUAUUACAGAAUCACAUGUAGAAGUUAAAGAGGAGGACCAACUAUCCGAAAGAAUAUUGCUCGCUCCAACGGACUCGGAUGAGCCAGAAACGAAACGUAAGAAGCAUCUGUAUGACGUCCAGUGGGAGGAAAUCUCUACAUCGUCGGUGCAAGCUAAAAUUUACUGGGAAGUGGCAAUCAAAAGAAUCACUCGGCAAAAGAUGAUUUUGAAAACUUUGCGGCAGAAAAUUAGACGAUUACAGGGGCAGAUAUUAGACUUACAGACUUUGGUAAAAAACGAAGCGAUUACAGAUAGUUAAUAUUACAGGUGCUAUAAACUGUGAAUAGUUGUACGAGUGAUUAAAUUAUUAUUGCAUGAUAACGUUUGAUCGAAUUGAACUUUGUUUGACUUUACAUAUGUUACGUUUUAAUAAACUGAGUUAAUGUA